UCUGGACCAAGCUCUCUCUGUAAAAUGAGGCUCUGACACUUCCGUUCUCUGUCCCUCAAGCACCAUGAGGGGCCCUCUUUGCUGGCUACUGCUUAUGUUGCUGCUCCUUUUCCAGCCCUGGGAAACUCAGCUUCAGUCAGCAGGUCCUAGGUGCCGUACUGGGCCUCUUGAUUUGGUGUUCGUGAUAGACAGCUCCCGCAGCGUGCGCCCUUUCGAGUUUGAGACCAUGAAACAGUUCCUAGUAAGCCUCCUCCGCAGCCUGGACGUGGGGCUCAACGCCACACGCGUCGGCGUGAUCCAGUAUUCGAGUCAAGUGCAGAGCGUCUUUCCUCUCGGUGCCUUCUCUCGCCGCGAAGACAUGGAGCGCGCCAUCCGCGGCCUGGUGCCGCUAGCGCAGGGCACGAUGACCGGGCUGGCAAUCCUGUAUACCAUGAACGUAGCCUUCAGCGAGGCCGAGGGCGCGCGCCCGCUGGAGGAGCGCGUGCCGCGCGUCGCGGUUAUCGUGACCGACGGGAGGCCCCAGGACCGCGUGACCGAGGUGGCGGCGCAAGCGCGCGCCAGGGGCAUUGAAAUAUACGCGGUGGGGGUGCAGCGUGCAGAUGUGGGUUCUCUGCGUGCCAUGGCGUCACCCCCACUGGAUGAGCACGUCUUCCUGGUUGAGUCCUUUGACCUUAUCCAGGAGUUUGGCCUGCAGUUCCAGGGCCGGUUGUGCGGGAAGGACCUGUGUGCUGAGUGGGGACAUGACUGUCAGCACCAGUGUAUCAACACUCCAGGAACUUUCUACUGUGCCUGCAACUCUGGCUACAAGCUAGCAGCAGAUAACAAGAGUUGUUUGGCCAUUGACCUGUGUGCUGAAGGGAUCCAUGGCUGUGAGCACCACUGUGUCAAUUCCCCGGGCUCCUAUUUCUGUCAUUGCCAAGCUGGCUUUGCACUCCAGCAGGACCAGAGGAGCUGCAAGGCCAUUGACCACUGCAGCUUCGGGAACCACAGCUGCCAGCAUGAGUGUGUCAGCACCCUUGGGGGAACACAGUGCCGCUGCAGGGAGGGCCAUGACCUGCUGCCAGAUGGGAGGAGCUGUCAGGUCAGGGACCUUUGCAAUGGAGUGGACCAUGGCUGUGAGUUCCAGUGUGUGAGUGAGGGCCUCUCCUAUCACUGCCUGUGCCCUGAGGGGAGGCGACUUCAAGCAGAUGGCAAGAGCUGUGACCGGUGCCGGGAAGGCCACGUGGACCUUGUUCUGCUCCUGGAUGGCUCCAAGAGUGUGCGCCCACAGAACUUCGAGCUGGUAAAGCGUUUUGUGAACCAGAUCGUGGACUUCCUGGACGUGUCCCCAGAGGGUUCCCGCAUCGGGCUGGUGCAGUUCUCAAGCCGCGUGCGCACCGAGUUCCCGCUAGGCCGCUAUGGCACUGCGGCUGAAGUCAAGCAGGCGGUCCUGGCUGUGGAGUACAUGGAGCGCGGGACCAUGACUGGGCUGGCGCUGCGCCACAUGGUGGAGCACAGUUUCUCCGAGGCGCAGGGUGCCCGGCCCCGAGCCCUCAAUGUGCCUCGCGUCGGCCUGGUCUUCACCGAUGGCCGCUCCCAGGAUGACAUCUCCUUGUGGGCAGCGCGCGCCAAGGAGGAAGGCAUCGUCAUGUACGCUGUGGGCGUGGGCAAGGCGGUAGAGGAGGAGCUGCGUGAGAUUGCCUCCGAGCCUGCUGAGCUGCACGUGUCCUACUCCCCUGACUUCAGCACCAUGACACACCUGCUGGAGAACCUCAAAGGCAGCAUCUGCCCCGAGGAGGGCCUUGGCGCAGGGACAGAACUCCGCAGCCCGUGCCAAUGCGAAAGCCUGGUGGAGUUCCAAGGCCGCGCGCUGGCGGCGCUCGAGAGCCUGACGCAGAAUUUGGCCCAGCUGACAGCACGACUGGAGGAGCUGGAGAACCAGCUGGCCAAUCAGAAGUGA